AUGAAAGGAGACACCCCAGUGAACAGCACCAUGAGUGUCGGCCAAGCCAGAAAGCUGGUGGAGCAGCUGAAGAUAGAGGCUAGUUUCUGCAGGAUAAAGGUAUCAAAGGCAGCGGCCGACCUGAUGGCGUACUGCGACGCACACUCGUGUGACGACCCCCUGAUCACCCCCGUGCCCACUUCGGAAAACCCUUUCAGGGAGAAGAAAUUCUUCUGUGCUCUGCUUUGA